AACCUUAACCGGAAGUUACAAACUAUCCGGAAACAAGAUGGCAGCCCCUGGAAAGAACCACGUAGUUGUGUGGAUGAAUUAUCUAAAAAACGCCAUGGAGGAAGGAGAUUAUUCAGUCUUCGCAAUUUUAGCAGCGGUAGUUAUAGGAAUUCUUACAUUCAUUUUAUUCGGAGUUUUCAAGAAAAGGCACAAUAACAGACGUGGAGUGUUAAUUCUAGGAAGUUGUGAUGCUGGUAAAACACUUCUGUACACACAGCUUAUCUACAAGAAACACAAGCCAACAUUUUCCUCCAUGUCAGCAAACUCUGGUAGCUACACUUUUCCAGAAAAUGGUAAAACACUGCGCCUAAUAGACCUUCCAGGCCAUGAGAGAAUUAGACAGCAAAUGUUGGAUACCUACAAGGAACUGGCUCGAGGCAUCAUCUUUGUCAUUGACAGCUCUACUGUUCAAAAGGAAAUUAAGGAUUUUGCUGAGUACCUAUACACGGUUCUAAGUGACAGCCGCAUCUCCAGCAUGUGUCCCCCAGUACUGGUGGCAUGUAACAAGCAGGACCUUACCUUCACAAAGGGGGCAAAGGUCAUACAGGGGCUCCUGGAGAAAGAAAUCAACACACUGAGAAUAACGAAGUCUGCAGCCCUGCAGGACAUCUCAGCCGGGAACAACAACACAUUCCUGGGACGGCGUGACAGGGACUUCUCGUUUGUGGACAUGAAGCCCAUGAAGAUCGAGUUUGUAGAAUGCAGUGCUACAGGUGGAGAAGCAGGGGAUAAGGCUUGCAAUCUCCAACACGUGCAGACAUGGCUCGCCAAAAUUGCUUGAACUCCUGGGCCAUUAACAUUUCACUCACAUAUUCAACGAUAUGAUUGUUCCUCCUUUCACAGCUGAUUUCCUCCUUUUUAAGGCCAAACUACUUUAUGAAAUAGUUCCUCUCUUUCCAGGAUAUAUAUUAAAGUGAACAGUUAUGGUGAACCCCAUGUGGGGCCAUCCCAAACUCCCUGGAGAUGUUUUACAAUCACACCCCUGAAUAGGUUGCUGUGUUGUAUGAAUUAAUUUCAGGGGAUUCAAGAAUUUUUCUUGAAUAGUAUAGAUAGAAUUUAAAUUGGUGGAUUUGUUUUGGUUAAGGUUUGUAAUUUGUUUACAAAUGCAAUCACAGUUUCUAACCAUAUAUACGUUUGUUUAGUCUAUGUUUAUAUUAUUAUGUUUUUCUAAUUUGAUUUGAAAGAACUCAAGUGCUAGUCCGAUUUCUAUGAAAUUUUUUAACAUUUAUGCAGCUAUUACUAAGUAUAAAAUAAUGUUAUGUUUCUACAAGGCUUGGAAAUUUUCUCCAAUUUGUUUAACAACUAUUAUUAUUAUGCAACUUAAAAUUUUGGCUGUCAAAAGAUAAAGUGAUGUUAACCAUGGUAGUUAAUUAUCAUACUAUUACAUGAAUUAACUUGUAAAUUUUCUCCAAUUUGUUUAACAAAAUUGGAUAGUUUUACUGUGAAUUUUUUUUUUCCGUAGAAAAUUCAUCCUGCCUAUGCCUUACUAUUAUUACUAGUAUUACGCAACUCGGUGUUUUGGCUGUCAAAAGUUCAAGUGAUGUUAACCAUGGUAGUUAAUUAUCAUAUACAUUUUUUGUACUAUUACAUUUAUUAACUUGUAUGUUUGAACAACAAAACUGCUUUUUAUUGAUAAUUUAAUCACCAAGUGUACCACUAAGACCUGGAAUAAAAUCUCUCUGAAAAUCUUUCGGAAAAAUAAAUGUGGCUUGCUUAGUAGAGGAUGAAUUUUGAAUUUUUGAUUUGAAAUUAGACAAACAAGGAAUUUUGAUAUUACUAUGCAAAUGAUCUGGUAACAAACUAUUACUUCUUAAAGACUAGGUAAAGUUCUUUAACAUGCCCCUGUAAAGGCAAUUAGGGUAUUGUGAAUGAGGUAUAUGUUAAUAAUAUUUUGUUACUGCCGUUACUGCCAAAGCAUUUAAGCAAAUAUUGAAACGAUUGCUGAAUUUUAGUGUUUUUAAAUAGUGGUUAUCAUCUUUGUAUGAAGUUUUGUGCAUCAGCAUUGCACAUAUAUAUACGUGUACAGUCUUGGUAUUGGGAAUUAAAUGGAUUCAUUUAACAAAGUUUUAAAUAAAACAUAGAACUCA